CUACGGGAAGCUUGUGUUUGUUUUUCGAGUUGGCGUUUUUCUUUAAGAAGCAGAAGCUGCAUGGCGUUGCGUGUUUUUUUUCCCCCCGAGUUAUUUUCUUUCGUGCCUUGGUUUCACUUUGUUGUCAGCUGGAGCCCGAGCAGUGCGUAGGGAACGCGCUGGGGGUGUGUGUGUGUGGGGUCUGUGUAGGAGUGACGCGGGCACCGCGGAAAUGUUGAGUUUUAACAUCUUUGCCAGGUCCAGUACGGCGGCUUCUUGUGCCUGAGCUUGCCGGCAUUGUAGCGGGCCUCCGCCUUCCUCCCUGCCCCUCUCCGCCCCAGCUGAGGCACACGGGGUCGGCUGUCGUGGGGCCGUGCCCGCCCCUGUGUCCCACCGCCCGCCUCUAGGGAGGUGCCGCGGGGAUAGCCGUUGCCUGGAGCUCCCAACUCUCCAAAUCCUAACAAAGCACCCGUCCCUCGAGAGUUUCCAGAGGUUCAGAAGAUCAAGUCAUUCUGCUGCCUUCUGCCAGACUGACUGUUAGUUUAAAACACAGCGUGCAACACGUAUAAGUAAGCUGAAGGUAAUACUGAAGAUAUAGAGACUUAGAGAAGACUCAGAACCAUGGAUAGCCUCUGUGCAGCAAAUACCACCUUUGCACUUGACCUCUUAGGAAAGCUAUGUGAGAAGAAAAGCGGGCAGAAUCUCUUCUUUUCUCCUUUUAGUAUUUCUUCUGCUUUGUCGAUGGUUUUGCUGGGUUCAAAAGGUAGCACUGAAGCCCAGAUUGCAAAGGUGCUUUCUCUGAACAAAGCUGAGGAUGCUCACAGUGGCUAUCAGUCACUUCUCUCUGAAAUUAACCAUGCAAACACCAAAUACCUACUGAGAACUGCAAACAGACUCUAUGGAGAAAAGACCUUUGAGUUUCUCUCUUCAUUUACAGAAUUGAGUGAGAAAUUCUACCACGCUGGACUAGAGCAGACUGACUUCAUGAAUGCUUGGGAGGAUUCGAGAAAACAAAUAAAUGGCUGGGUACAGGAGAAGACUGAAGGUAAAAUUCAGAACCUGCUGGCAGAAGGGAUUCUCAGCUCCCUGACCAAACUUGUGUUGGUGAAUGCCAUCUAUUUCAAAGGCAAGUGGGAAAAGCCGUUUGAGAAAGCAAGAACAGCAGAGAUGCCAUUCCAGAUUAACAAGAAAGAGACCAAACCUGUGCAGAUGAUGUUCAAGGAGGACACGUUUAACAUGACCUAUAUAGGGGAUUUCCAGACCAAAAUCCUUGAGCUCCCUUACAUUGGUAACGAACUCAGUAUGAUCAUCCUGCUACCUGAUUCCAUCCAGGACGGAUCCACUGGCUUGGAAAGGCUGGAACGAGAACUUACAUACGAGAAGCUGAUAGAUUGGAUCAAUCCUGAAACGAUGGACAGUACAAAUAUGGAGGUGUUCAUACCCAGGUUUAAACUGGAAGAAAAUUAUGAUUUGAAACCCCUCCUGAUCAGCAUGGGAAUGCUGGAUGCGUUUGACUUGGGGAAGGCAGACUUCUCCGGGAUCUCGGGCGGGAACGAGCUGCAUCUCUCUGAGGUGGUUCACAAGGCCUUUGUGGAAGUCAAUGAAGAAGGCACUGAAGCAGCAGCUGCCACAGCUGCAGUGAUGUUGCUGCGCUGUGCCAGGAUGGUUCCACGAUUCACUGCAGAUCAUCCCUUCCUCUUCUUCAUCCGGCACAACAAAACUUCCACCAUCUUGUUCUGUGGCAGAUUUUGCUCUCCCUAAGAAGGAGCUGGUGUGGCUGAAGAGCCACCGUUACCUGGUCACUUCCUAUUUCUUUAGCAUAGGGCUGCUGGUUUUGCACUAAUUGUCUUUGAACUGUGCCUGAAUCUCCUUCCGUGGUCUUCAUCUCUGGCGUGAGUAGAAGCACGGGGCUCCUUAGACAGACGCAGCACCUGCCUUUUCAAAUGACUCCUGCCUGGUGCCCCUGAGCACAGAGGUGUCUGCCUGCAGGCUGACCCCGGGAACAUCCCACUUGCUCAGCAAAGGCAGUUCCUGUCACAUUUCACUUUGUGUGGUGGUCACACAGUGAUUCGGGAGGAGACAUCUCAUAGGAAAGGGGAAAGCUGCUGUUGUUCUGACAAGGUUGGAGCAUGUCUUCAGCUCCCUUCCCCUUUUUCCUCUUUGUUUUUCUACCAUACUCCUCCAUUUACGGUUUGUUACAUUCCCUUGGGAUGGAAAGAGACCUUGGCAGGCUGUGCCAAGUGUUGCUGAGCACUUGGCUGGGUAUUUUUUGGAUAACACCUCGAAAGGCACUUGGGUAACAAUGGGAAUAAAAGUAUUUUGUGGUAUCAGGUGUCCUUACAGGGCAUUUGUGGGGUGAGAAUCAUUGUUUUGUCACCAUAGGACACUUUGGUUUCUUGCCCAUUGCCUGGUUCUAGUCCUUUAACAAGGAAUGUAGUGGAAAACCACACAGUGCCAAUGUGAUGUUUAAAUGACAGAGCUUUAAUUUUUUCUGCUGCUACAUUAAAUUCCUGUUUGUAGUUCCUUAACUGUUUAACUGAAGCAUACCAAAGACAUAGCUGAAAUAGCUUUCCUCAUCAUACAGUGAUUGGUUUUGCUGUUUCUGUACCUGAAAUAAAGAAGAAAGUGCUGUAGGACUCUGCAAAGAA